CGGCGGCACGUGCUCGCCAGUUUAAACGGCAUCCUCGUGCUUGCAACUUUUUUUUUUUUAUCUGCGCCGAAGCUCGCGGCAGCUGAUGAGCCGGGAUGGUGCGAUCUGAGCGGAUCUCAUUGGUGCCGACAAUCUGCUGCAGAGGAGAGCGCACCAGGAUGAGGAGACUGUAGGCACCGCCGUAGUAUGGCCGCGUCCCGUUCCUCGCGUGUCACAAGGUCAUCAGUGGGGCUCAAUGGAUUGGAUGAGAACUUUUGUGGUCGAACUCUCAGAAACCGUAGCAUCGCCCAGCCUGAGGAGACUCCGGCGUCACCUCUUCCCCGGGCCCGAUCACCCAAGAAGAAGCAGGAGUCGAAGCAGGAGUCGAAGCACGACGCCAAGCAAGAGUCGAAGCACGACGCCAAGCAAGAGGCAAAGCAGGGCACAAAGCAGGAGUCCAAGCAGGACUCGAAGCAGCAGGACGUCAAGCAGGAAUCAAAACAGCAGGAGUCCAAGCAGGAGUCCAAGCAGCAGGACUCGAAACAGGACACGAAGGUCGCCAAUCAGGACUCGAAGCAGGAGGCCAGCAGCGAGUCGAAACAGGAGUCUAAGCAGGACGCUAAACAGAAUACGCAGCAGGAUGAAAAGCAGAACACUCACUCACAGGUCGGCUCACAGCAGAGCACGUUACAUGAAAAUGUACUGGACACUAACGCUGCUGCAAGCGAGGCUGAACAAUGGACUGGCUCCAGGAAGCGGGGCGUGUCCUGUAUAGAGAGGGACGUCAGCCCAGAAAAGUCAGAGAACUGUGAUAAAGGGAAGAGGGCACAAGAUGCUUUUCCUCAAAUUAAAAGGGCCAAACGCUGCUCCCGCUCUGGAGAGUCUCAGGGACAGGAGGAGGACCCCGAGAGUCUGAAACCUGAAAGUCCAGUCUCUUUACCAGAGCCCAGUAAGGAAAACAGUUGUGAAGAACUACCCAGCCAAAACUCUGCCAACACAGACCCUGCCUCGCCUGUCCUCGGUAAGCAGGCGGGCGAGCUGCCGGGGAGGACGGCGGAGGAUGGGCGUCUGGAGUGCGACGGGCCAGCAAAGCCCCCGAACGAUCACAAGGCCUCUAAUGGACUCAGAGAAAACAAAGCAGAUGAGUCUGACACGCUCGCUGAAGAGCCUCGUGCAAAUCCCGCUUCUGCCACAAACUGCCCGUCGCUGCUCAACGGCAGUCAGACGGGGGCGCCCUCGUUCCCCGACCCCGCUGUGCCUUGUAGAAACUCUGACCCGGGGCAGAUGGAGGUCUCUGGCUCAGAGGUAUUGCCAGCCUCCUCUGUACCUACAUGUGAGGGUGCUCCGGUGGAUCCUGUCCCCGAGUUGAUGGUGGCGAAGGAACAGGAGGCGGAGGAGAUGGAGGUGGACGUGGUCGGCGAUCCGUUGUGCUUGGCUCACGAGGAGCAGGUGACGGAGAGCCCGAAAGACGCCAAUGGCCGAACUCCAACGCCGGUGCAGGAAGCUGCUGCCGCCUCCACCUCCUCCUCCUCCGCCUCCUCCUUCACCAUCAACAUGAACAGUAGUCCAAUCAACAACAACAGCAACUCAGGAGAAACUACACCCCCUCUAACAAAAUCCCCCUCCCCCACAGAGCCAGGGUGCAACCCCUCAAUACCCAACAUGUCCCCCUCUUUCACAGAACUCUAUGAACAUAGAUACACCUUGCGGACCUCACCCAGGAGGGCUGUGUCUGGCGGCAAAGCCUCCUCCUCCUCCUCUUCCUCCUCCUCCAAGCCCUGCUCCCCCCCCAGAGACAACGGCCCCCUGAAGGAGGAGGGGGAGGCGGUGGGGGUGCUGCAGGAGGACUGCCCCGCCGGGGAGGACCCUGCACCCUCAGACUUUGUUGGCCCCUCCAGCGAGGAGCCGGUUUCCGUUAACCCUGGAGAGCGGGCGGCCGGGGAGGACGGCGGCUCCGUGGAGGGCAGAGAAGCAGAGGGCAACCAGAAGCUGACGCAGAGCCGGGCUGCUGAGGAGGAGGAGGAGGAGGAAGAGGAGGAGCCUGACGUGUAUUACUUUGAGUCGGACCACCUGGCUCUAAAACACAACAAAGAUUAUCAGAGGCUGCUGCAGACCAUCGGCGUUCUGGAGGCCCAGCGCACACAGGCCAUCCUGGACCUGGAGACACUGGCACGUCACCAGAGAGAGGCGCUCUCUGAUCCCAUCGGCUUUGUGGAGCAGCUGCAAAAACAGGUGAAUCUGGGCUUGCCGUGUCCUCAGCGCGUGGUCCAGCUCCCGGACGUGGCCUGGGAGCAGUACACCUCGGGCCUCGGCGACUUUGAGAGGGAGUUCUGCGACAAGAAGCGCAAGACCCGUCGAUUAAAGUUGAUCUUCGACAAAGAAGCCCCAGAGAGACUCCUUUGCCAUUCCACUUCAGGUUUGCCUGUUAGACCAAAAAGUCCCCUCGAGCCCAAAAAGGAAGCGGAGGCCUCCACGGUGUACUCGUCUUUACCCACCAGCGACGCCCCGGAGAACGGCCGACAGACACAGAUGAUCAGGGGGAGGAUUUGUCACCCAAACAAGCCUGACACAUUUAACCAGCUGUGGACCGUGGAAGAGCAGAGGAAGCUGGAGCAGCUACUCGUCAAGUUUCCGCCUGAGGAAGUCGAGUCGAGAAGAUGGCAGAAGAUUGCCGACGAGCUGGGAAACCGAACAGCGAAACAGGUUGCCAGUAGAGUUCAAAAGUAUUUCAUCAAACUGACUAAAGCUGGCAUCCCCGUGCCUGGAAGAACACCCAACCUCUGCAUGUACACUAAAAAGGCGUCCAGUAAGAGGCAGCACCACCUCAACAAACACCUGUACCGCCCCUCCACCUUCCUCACGUCGUACGAGCCCCCGGUCUACAUGGACGAGGACGACGAGCGCGCCGCGUAUUUCAACAGCGCGCAGGACCCCUCUGCGGACGAGUCGGACGAGGAGAGCAUUCCCCCGGAGCUCCGGAAUCUGCCGGAGUACAAAGAGCUGCUGGAGCUGAAGCGGUUGAAGAAACACAAGCUCCAGGAGAUCCAGGAGGACAAGGCGGCGGUGCGGCACGUCGGCUUCAAGUGUGACGUCUGCGGCAUGGAGCCCAUCCAGGGAGUCCGGUGGCACUGUCAGGACUGUCCGCCCAACAACUCGGUGGAUUUCUGCUCCAGCUGCUCCGACUGCCUGUUCAAGACGGAGACCCACAAGCCGAGCCACCAGCUGGAGCCGGUGCAGCAGGCCGAGCCCUUCCUGGACAGAGACUACUGCCUGCCUCAGAGCGCAGGCUACAACUACCUGGACCCCAACUACUUCCCCGCCAACAGAUGACAGGGCCGGCGGCGCCCCUAGCUCCAGGCUCUGUCCACCUGUCCCACAGGCCACUCUGUGCAUGGCUCCAUCCUCCAAGUCCAAGAUAACCGCUUAACCCGCCGCCGCCGCCGGGCAGGACGGCCAGCAGCGGGCGCCGCGCCGCUGCUGGGGUGGGGGCGCCGUCGGUCUCCCACCUCCCCGACCGGAGCGAGAGAGCGGCCCCCGAGGGAGUGGAGGGGGCGCCCACUCCACCUCAGCCAGGUUACUGAACGGACACGCGAUUAGAAACGACGCGCUGUUUUUAAAACGACA